UCCAUGGCGACGCGUCACAAAGCAGCCGCGAGCCCUGCGCAGUGCGCAGCACCCAGACCAGCUGCAACAGAGGGCACCGUCACGGCCUCUUUUGAGCAAGAAUGGCACAGCCUGGGCCCGAGGCCGCGUGCCCCUCUGGGGGCCACAAGAUUCAGCCAAGUGACACCACCUGGGAUUCCUAUGCCACCACCAUGAGGACCGCAUACACACCGAAGACCGGAGCCGUGCCUGCUUUAAUUCGCCAAAAAAGUAUCAGAAGACUAGGAUAUACAUAUUCUCUUAGUGACCCUAUUCCCAAUCAGACACAGUACAAUGAUGAGUAUGUUUGGAAAUCACAUUCUAAAGAAGAUUUGGUCAAAAUUGGGACUUCAAGAGGAAUCAGAAAACACAAAUGUCACCCCAGUCAAGAAUUUUUUUCCUGGACACUACCUCAAGGUCAACCUGCGGCAUCAAUAAAGAGCUAUCUCCCUUGGAAAAUCACUGCUACAGAGGAAGAGGUUAGGAAGGCAAUAUCAAAUCAGUUUGUUUCCAAUACUAGAAGAGAUUUUGUGGACAAAGCAAAAGCUCAGAAAAUUAAGGAAAGUUCUCCGAUGUCUCUGGAAUGGAAAAAUUUACUUCCCCGACCCGCAGACACUGAAUUUCGACGGAAUUACCAAGUUCCAGCUAAAAUUCCUGAGUUGCAGGAUUUUAGUUUCAAAUAUGGAUGCUACUCAAGCCUACCAGUUGCUUCUCAGGGUCUAGUCCCUGCUGUGCUGCACAGCCACAUGAGGAAUCAAGAACGCACAAAGAAGCAGACUAUAUACCAAAGCGAUUAUGGAAAAUCCCAUCUGGAUUUCUUAACGAUUUUAGACUCAUUUACUCCCUCUCAAGUCACAGAGUACCUUCAGGGUGUUUCUUACAAAGACAGACAAAUUCUCGAUCACUUUCUCCGCUCUCACUGUGACUUUGGCAUGGGACAGAAAAAUAAAGGAAACAGUUCAGAUGAAAAAAAUUGAAAAUCAAUAAAAACACUGGAUCAUUUUCUCAAUAAUGGAAAAGAAUAAGAUCUAAUUUGUUUCAAAUAAUAUAUUCAUGGAUUUAUGUAAUUUUAUUUUGUUUUACUUUGUUCUUAAACAGUAAAAUCAUUUAAGGCCAUAAAUCCUCCCCCCACCAAUGUAUCCAAUAGGUUUUGCUAUAAUUUUUUUUCCUUUCCUCUUCUGAGUAUUUACUUUAUGGUUUCAAUUUUGAUUACAUCUCUGACCUAGAAAUAAUGUAGAAGAGGUUUUUUAGUUUUCCAAAAAUUAGAGGAUUUAAAAAAAAAUUUUAUUGUUGACUUUCUAUACAAAAGUUUUUGAAAAAAUCUUUGCUUUGGGAAAUUUAGCAAAGUUUCCUUUUAUGCUAAGUGUGUGAUUUGUGUAUUACAUGAAUAUAAGAAGAGAAAAAAUGUAUGGUUUAUUGUAUUUCUCAAAUCCCUUAUAUCUUUACUUUAAUUGUAUAUUUGAACUGUUAAAUUCUGAAAGAAUAAUAUUAAAAACAACCCACAGUAAAAAUGGUUCCAUUAAUUUUCUUG